AAAAAUGUUCUAAUUACACUUGUUGCGUACACUUUACGUGUUCCGCCGCACCUGACUGUGACCCUCAUUGAUCGCUGACCUGCCGUUCCGAAUACUUUGCUCCCGACGGAGUGGAGAUGACGUGACAGCCGAGAAAUGUCAGCGAUAGCAGCGAAGCGAAGUAAGAAGAAAUCAAACGUCAGCAGAUGACGAGCAGAAAAUUAGAUACGGUUGCAGUUAUAGUUAGAAGAACCUAAGACUAGUUAUUUUUUCCGUAAAAGUAGUGCACCUAUAUCUGUAAUUACUAAAUCUAAUGUUAAACCUAAAUCUUAUUGGUGAGAAAAAGUGAUCAUGCUUAUAUGUACUUAAAAUCUAAUGAAACUAUACCUACUUAGAUUAGUGAUCGUGGCAUAUUGGAAGGAUGUUGCGCCGGCUUUAUUGAAUCUAAAUGUUACUUAAACUCUAAAGCUAUUUGUGCAAAAUUUAAACCUAUUACUCGAUCGACCCGGCAAAAGAAAAGGAAACUUACAAACGAAAAUUUUAUUCGCUGCACCAGUCAGCGUGCUAAUAAACGAAUAAAGAUUUCGGAAAGUGUUUCCAUCGUUGCAUCUGCAACAUUAUAAAAUUUUCGUUUUUCGGAUCGAUCGGAGAUGCCCAGAAGAAGCCGACGACGGAAUCGGGCGCCGGAAGAAAGCAUUCUGCAGACGUGCCUGCUUUGCAACCUUCCGGACAGCAGCGAGAUGGUGAGUUGCGAUAAAUGUGCUCAGUGGUUCCACUUCGAGUGUGUCGGAGUAAACGCGAAUGUGGCCAACAGGUCAUGGAGUUGCCCGGGUUGCUCUUCAGCUACAGAUCCGGCUCCACGUCUGCCACAGUCAUCGACCCCGUCAGCAUCGAAUCCAGGUGAGCCACAUAUUCAGUCAACUCUAUCGCCACCGCCUGCCAUGCCCAUAACAGUUCCGCCAGUGCCACACCCGCGAACGCCAACCCCUCGCCCCCGUUCGACGCUAAUGCAAAAUCCGCCCCCGCCUACACCUCUUCCGCGUACCCCAAUUCCACGAACAACGUCAGUGUCAGUUGCAGAGGUUCCAGAAGUGCGAAUCGUUGAUCAGGAGUUACCGGAUGAAGUGACUAUCGUGGAACGACUGCCAGCUGAUCUUCGCCUCCAGUUUCUGGAACAGCAGGAAGCCAUCGAGCAGCGAUAUUUGUUGCGUAGGUUCCAGCUGCUGCUAGACAUGCCGAUGAACGAGAAUAGUGCGAAUUUGCAAGGUCCCCGCGGAAAUGUUCCGGCAAACCAAGUUCGUGAUCUUCCUCCAAUGUGCCAUUCUUCGCCAGUUGGUGUCAAUCAGUUGCCUCCACCGCCCACACCGAGGAAUAGGAACGUUUCGCCAUUUGUACCAAUAUCACAUCCAGACAGAUUUGAUGACCCCUCGGUUAUUCCGACAUUGCUCAACGUUCGACUGGAUGCUUCAACGAUCCCUUUGCGGCAGGCCAAUCAACAACCGAAUUUCUCCGCUUCUCGUCCACCUCAGUCCGUUUUACGUCCUGUUGCUUCGUCGUUCGUUCCGCCUCCGAAUCGUUCACGCUUCAACGCUCCCGAGUUUUCUCAAGCAAAUGGUCAUCAACGCAACCGAACUUCUGCGUUUGCCCCCUUCGAGAGCGAUUCACAUCCCGCGACAUAUAACCCGUCAGCUUUUCACGAUGAUCCAACUACAGCAGGAGGGACGGCGCUGUUGAACAGAAGUCAACUUGCGGCCCGUCAUGCGGUUCCGAAGGAGUUACCCGUGUACACUGGCGAACCAGAGGAGUGGCCCCUAUUCUAUGCGUCUUUUGAGAACACGACACACCUGUGCGGGUUCACUGCGGAGGAAAACAUGGUGCGUUUGCGUAAGUGCCUACAAGGGAAAGCACUGGAAGCGGUUAAAUGUCAACUGUUGCAUCCAAGCAACCUGGAUCAAGUCAUUGCUACCCUGAAGAUGCUCUUCGGACGCCCAGAAAUCAUCGUGCAUUCGCUGCUGCAAAAGAUCAACGGCCUACCAGCUCCCAAAGCAGAACGUCUCGGAACUCUCGUGGACUUCGCGUUAGCUGUUCGCAACAUGGAGGCCACGGUCAAAGCCUGUGAACUGGAAGAGCAUCUAUGCAACCUCACACUACUUCACAGUUUGUGUGAGCGGCUUCCUCCCAUGAUUCGCUUGAAUUGGGCAACUCAUCGUCAGUCUCUUCGUUCAGUGACAUUGUCUGAAUUCAGUGACUGGUUGUACAAGUUGGCAGAAGCAGCAAGCACCGUAACAAUGCCGCAGUUUUCGAGCAUUGUCGACAACAAACCUCGUCGGGGAAGAAAGGAGGAUGGAUUCUUGAAUGCGCAUACCGAAACAGCUCCGAAAACGAAGCAAUUAGACAUCAGUUCCGGGUGUCUCGUUUGUCAGGGUAGUUGUGCUACGGUAGACAAGUGUAAGCGGUUUUUGUCUUUCAGUCUUUCUGCUCGCUGGGACGCAUUACGAGAGCACAAGCUGUGUCGUGGUUGCCUUACCACCCACCGAGGCCCUUGCAAGUCAGCGAAAGUAUGUGGCAAAAGUGGAUGCCAGUACAAGCACCAUCGGUUGCUGCACAACGACGCUAAAAGCAAACCGGAAACAUCAUCGUCUGGCUCCCAGAGCCAUGCCAAACAGCAUCAACAAGCCGCUCCUACGGGGUCACAAGAAGUCGAAUCGUGCAACACACAUCGAGGGGGAAGCAAGUCCGUACUAUUUCAGUAUAUUCCGAUUGUGCUUUAUAACAACGGGAUUGAGCUGCGUACCCAUGCAUUUCUGGACAGUGGAUCGUCCCUGACGCUGAUGGAGGAAAGUUUGGCGAAGCAAUUGGACCUGAACGGCGAGAAGAGCCCCCUGUGCCUGGUGGACUGCGGAUACCUGCCGAUAUGAGAAGGAUGCUACAAUCGUUUCCCUCAACAUCUCCGGCAUACACGAUGGCAGCAGUCUACAUACUUUAAGGGAAGUCUACACGGUAAAGGAGUUGAAGCUACCGACACAAUCGCUACCUUCUGAAGAACUGAUGGACAAGUACUCA